AUGAACUCGGUUGGCGGGUGUGCAUGCGCUCCGGUCACGAGCAAAGGAAAGGGAAAUCAUUGUAAAUCUCAUUCAGUGCAUCCUCUUUGACUAAAAAAAAAAAAAAAAAAAAAGAAAAAAAGAAAAGAAAAAAAGAGGGGAGAAAAACAAAACGCUUUUUUCCCCCUCUUGUCCUCAGCACUUGCGCUCCGUCCUCUCUGAGCAGCCUACAGGCAGACGAGCAUCGAUUGGUUCACCUGAGUUUGUACCCCAUUCGCGGACUUUCAUUCAAACCAGCGUUUCCAAAAGUAACCAGCCGUCUUACAGUAAUAAUUAAUAUUGUUAUCGAGGGAGGGGGGGACAAAAAGCAAUCAAGCUCAAGCUGCUGCGCUUCUGGACCGGAGACCUGGAGAUGAAGACAGAUUUUACGCUUUUCUGUCGGACUUGGAUUGGAAUAGCGUACGCCUCAGGUCUGGUGAUAGGCUUCUCUAUGACUCCACCCAUCAUCGACAGCUCCAGAGACGACCUAGUGAUCCCAGUCCUUACAACGCUCAAUAUCACAUGCAGGGGACAGCGCACACUGGCCUGGUCCUGGCCUGACCAGAGCGUGGUUGGACAGGAGCUGGCCGACCGCCAGGCCCAGUUGCCCACCACCAGGGUCCCCGGGCAGAGGGUGGCGUUGGUGAGCGAGUGUCCGGGGCAGCUUGGGAGACAGUACUGCAAGACGCUGGUCCUGAACGAGGCGCAGGGCAAAGACACAGGCUACUACCGCUGCUAUUAUAAGGAUGUCAAGGCCAUCAUUGACGGCACCACUGCCGUCAGCACUUAUGUCUUCGUCAGGGACCCUGAGCAGCCUUUCCUCAGGAGAGGCAGCCACAGCCAGAGUGAGGAAAAAAGCAUGGAGACCAUUUUAAUAACGCGCUCGUCCACGCACGUCAUAGUGCCAUGUCUGGUCACGGUGCCCGACCUGAACGUCACUCUCCACACGUACCCCAUGUCUUUGGAGAUGCGCUGGGUGACGUGGGACAACAAGCGAGGCUGGUCCAUUCCCAGAGAAGUCAUAGACGCCACGCCGAUCAUCGGCGUUUUGUGUGCGGCCACGCUGGAGGGUGAAGUGCACCAAUCUGUCAACUACCUGAUCCACACCACAGGAAGUCAGGUUUACAAUGUCAAGCUGUUUCCUGAGGACCCGGUAGAGCUGAUCGUCGGGGAGGCCCUCACCCUGAACUGCACGGCUGUGGUGGAGUUCAACACUGGCGUGGACAUUCAGUGGUUUUACCCUGGAAAAGAGACAAACAGCUGGGUGGAGACUAAGCCCCAUCGCGAAGCUCUGUCUCAUGCCACAGAGGCUGUUAACACCCUGACCAUCCACAGUGUCAAUGUCACAGACUCUGGCCCCUACAUCUGCAGUGUCACCAGCACGGAAGCAACCCAAACCCAACAAACUCAGGUCACAGUUCAUGAAAGGCCUUUUAUCAACCUCGACUACAGAAAUGGACCCACGGUGGAGGUAACUGCUGGCCAGAAGUCAUUCAAAUUACAGCUUAAUGUCUCUGCCUUCCCCACCCCUGAAACGCAAUGGUAUAAAGAUGGAAAACCGAUAAACCAGCGGCCAGAGUUCAAAAUGAAAAGGAUGAGGAUGCACGCAAACCACGCUUUGGAGAUUAAGGAUGUUUGUCAGGAGGAUUCGGGGCUGUACACGGUGGUGCUGAAAAACUGUGCCGCCGCAUUGGAGAGGAGUCUCAACGUCAUGCUCGUUGUCAACGUCCCCCCGCAGAUCCACGAGAAAGAGGUGGCAGUUCCGUCCAGCCCUUACCCGAGUGGCAGCAGCCAGACGCUGACGUGCACGGCCUACGGUCUCCCCGCUCCCGACGUCACCUGGCAGUGGAGGGCCUGGGGUCCCUGUGUCCUCAACAGCACCCAAAGCAGACUGGUUCGACGAGAGAGGAAGAGCCGGAGUGACAGGAUCGCCGACUGUCAGAACUGGCAGGCCAUCAACUUGGAAAGUGGCAUGAAUGAAAUCGAAGCGAUUGAGACGUCUGUCGAGGUGGUGGACGGACGACAAAAGACUGUGAGCCGGCUGCAGAUUCGCAACGCCACUGUCUCCGUCAUGUACAAGUGCUCCGCUGAAAACAAAGUGGGCAAAGACGAGCGGCUGAUCUACUUCUACGUGACCACUAUCCCCGAGGGCUUCAGCAUAGAUGUCCUGCCCUCUAAGAAUCCACAGGAGCAGGAGAAGGUUUCUAUGUGUUGCAGUGCCGAUAAUUACACCUACGAGCAGCUGCAGUGGUACCACCUCAACCCGCAGACCCUGCAGGACGAGCAGGGUAAGCCUCAGGAGCUGGACUGCAGGAGCUUGCACCUUUACGCCGACACGCUGGAAGGACAGCUCUCCUUCCAGGAGACCUCCAACAGCUGGGUCUUGGACUUCACCAUUCACUCCGUGCAGCUGCACGACGAGGGCUAUUACGUGUGCGAGGCGCAGAGCCGGCGCAACGGGGAGAAACAGUGCCUGUUCAGAUACAUCUCCGUCAAAGCCCUGGAGGCGCCGCGGUACAAGCGCAGCCUCACCAACCAGACGGUGAACGUGACCGAGUCUCUGCGGAUGGAGUGCGACGUGGAGGGCAUACCUCUUCCCCACCUCUCGUGGUUCAAAGACAACCAGCCUCUCCACCAAAUGUCAGGGAUCCAGCUGCAGGAUUCAAACCGCACGCUGAGUAUCCAGCGAGUGAGAGAGGAGGAUGCCGGUCUUUACACCUGCACCGCUUGCAACCAGCGUGGAUGUGUCCACUCCUCAGCUGCCAUCAGGGUCAUUGGUUCAAGUGACAAGGCCAACGUGGAGAUUGUUAUCCUGAUCGGGACAGGCGUCAUCGCCGUCUUCUUCUGGGCCUUGCUCAUCCUCAUCUUCUGCAACGUGAAACGGGUUAACCCGGCAGACAUAAAGACAGGCUAUCUGUCAAUCAUCAUGGACCCAGGGGAGGUGCCACUGGACGAGCAGUGUGAAUACCUGCCCUACGACUCCUCCCAGUGGGAGAUCUCCAGAGACAGGCUCAGAUUGGGGAAGGUUUUAGGCCACGGCGCCUUCGGAAAAGUAAUUGAAGCAUCAAUCUACGGCAUCAGCAAGAGCAGCAGUUUGGAUACAGUGGCCGUCAAGAUGCUGAAAGAUGGAGCCACAGCCAGCGAGCACAAAGCCUUGAUGUCAGAGUUGAAGAUACUGAUUCACAUCGGGAACCACCUGAAUGUAGUGAACCUGUUAGGAGCCUGCACCAAACCAAAUGGUCCUUUGAUGGUGAUAGUAGAAUACUGCAAGUAUGGAAACCUGUCCAACUUCCUGCGAGCCAAGAGGGAGUUCUUCCUCCCCUACAGGGAUCGCUCUCCGAAGACCCAGAGCCAGGUGAGGCGGAUGAUUGAGGCCGGUCAGAUGGACCAAAGAGCCUGCCAGCCGCCUCCUCCGUCCUCCUCCGGUCCUCAGAGUCCGUCGUCCAACAUGUCCGGUCAGGUUCCCGCUGUGGAGAAAAUGGAAGACUUGUGGAAAACUCCUCUGACAAUAGAAGACUUAAUUUGCUACAGUUUCCAGGUGGCUCGUGGGAUGGAGUUCCUGGCCUCCAGAAAGUGUAUCCACAGAGACCUGGCCGCGCGGAACAUUCUUCUGUCAGAGAACAACAUCGUGAAGAUCUGUGACUUUGGCCUGGCCAGAGACAUAUACAAAGACCCCGACUACGUCAGGAAAGGCAAUGCUCGUCUGCCUUUAAAGUGGAUGGCUCCAGAGAGUAUCUUCGACAAAGUGUACACCAGCCAGAGUGAUGUGUGGUCCUUUGGCGUUCUCCUCUGGGAAAUCUUUUCACUUGGUGCGUCUCCGUACCCGGGGGUGCAGAUUGAUGAAGAGUUUUGCAAGCGACUGAAAGAUGGCUUCAGAAUGAGAGCACCGGAGACUGCCUCCCCUGAAAUAUAUGGCAUCAUGCUGGCCUGCUGGCAGGGCGAGCCCAAAGAGAGGCCGAUGUUCCCCGGCCUGGUUCAGAUCCUGGGAGACCUGCUGCAGGACAACAGCCUACCUGCAAGUUCCUCUGGAGAUUCAGAUGGGAAGGACUACAUCCCUCUGAACCACUCACAGAACUCAGAAGAUGACGGCUUCUCGCAGGCCUCAUCACGCCCACCGUCAGAGGAAGAGUUGAGGCUGGCUUGCAACACUCUGCCCACGAGGUAUUAUAACUGCGUGCCCUUUGGCGGAUGCGUGUUCGUGGGCCCCUCUAAAUUAUGCCAGCCCAGAGUGAAGACAUUUGAGGAGCUGCCCCUGGAGAUGCAUCCACAAAAAUCUUCUCAAGACAACCAGACGGACAGCGGCAUGGUGCUGGCCUCGGAAGAAUUCGAGAGGAUCGAGCACAGCCACAGGGGCGCCGCCUCGAAAAGUCGUAUAGGCAGCAGCAGCAGCACGGAGCCUCUGACAGCCUCCCAGGGAUCCCCGGGCGAAAGCAACGGCGGCACCGGAAGCUCCAGACACCGGCCCAACUUCUUCAGCCAGCUGUCAGGACAGACCUUCUACAACAACGAGUACGGCCACCUGUCUGAGGAGGGCUUCUGCGACUUCUACUCCUCCCCAGACACCCACUCUUCGAACGUGUAGUGAUGCGGGGCGAAGAAAGGAGGGGGUCGGGACAGAGAAAGUGGAGCGCUCAGGUUGAAUAAGUGCAGUUAUUGACAUGUAACUAGUCGUUUAAUAAUGAAGAACAGGUUAUGAUUGAUCCUUAUGACUUCUACUCAUCUCAAAAUCCUUCGUCUAUGCUGCCUCGAACAAAUGGACAGAGCCGCAUGUGCUUGAGGUUCCUCUAACCAGCCACUGGGUGGCAGCAUCGCGACAAAAACGCUAGUAUUUUCUAUGCAUAUGCAUUUAUAUUUUUUAUCUUUUAUAUACAGAGCUUCCUUUAUUUGUUAUGACUCAUGUAGGAAGAAAUAAAGAAAUUUAUCUUCUU